AAUCUUGGGAAAUGGCUGGACUCAAACGGUGGUGGUGAUCGGAGAUUAGAUACACGCGCCGGUGAGGGCCACAUCGCGGCGAGUUUUCAUGCAAAAGUCACUGCUUCACGCCACGCCUCUUCAACUUCGAACUCGCCAUUCCUUUCUUUCUCUCUCUCUUCAUCUUGUACAUUUCCAUCAAAGACUUAUUAUUACUCUUUCUUUCUCUCUCUCUCUCGGUCUAUAGAUACAUUUCUUCAAGCCACAUUCGUGUGCCGAAAUCUGGAGAAGAAGAGAAUAUAGAGAGAGAAAUCGCGGCGGAAUAUGGCUUCCGAACCAGCAAUCGCGGCGGAAGGUCAUGGAAACAGAAUUCGGACUGCAAAUCCAAUCACCUAUAUUCUUCGUCAACAGCGACUUACAUGUCUUCUCAUCGGAGUAGCAAUCGCCACGCUUGUCCUUAAAACAACAGGUCCACCGUCAUCAUCAUCGACUCAUCAAUCUCAUCAUCUCGAUGACUCCUAUUCUUUUCAACCGACUCGAUCGUCUCAUCUUUCGCUACCUCGUCGUACUACUUACGAACUUCAUCACGGAUUUCAACGCGCUAAUGCAGGUGGAAAAAUACCACUUGGAUUGAAGAGGAAGGUGAUGAGAAUACUAGUAACAGGUGGAGCUGGAUUUGUUGGGAGUCAUCUAGUGGACCGUCUAAUGGAAAGGGGUGAUAAUGUGAUUGUAGUUGAUAAUUUCUUCACUGGAAGAAAGGAAAACGUGAUGCACCAUUUUCGAAACCCUAGGUUUGAGCUCAUCCGACACGAUGUUGUUGAACCUAUCCUGCUUGAGGUGGAUCAAAUCUACCAUCUAGCUUGCCCUGCAUCCCCGGUUCAUUACAAGUUCAAUCCUGUCAAGACCAUCAAAACAAAUGUGGUGGGGACAUUGAACAUGUUGGGGCUGGCAAAAAGAGUUGGUGCACGGUUCUUGUUAACUAGCACCAGUGAGGUGUAUGGUGAUCCCUUGCAACAUCCACAAACAGAGACCUAUUGGGGAAAUGUGAACCCCAUUGGUGUGCGGAGCUGCUAUGAUGAAGGAAAAAGAACUGCAGAAACCUUGACCAUGGACUAUCAUAGAGGACAUGGAAUUGAGGUAAGAAUAGCUAGGAUCUUCAAUACAUAUGGUCCUCGAAUGUGCAUUGAUGACGGUCGUGUUGUCAGCAAUUUUGUUGCCCAGGCGUUAAGGAAGGAGCCAUUAACUGUUUAUGGGGAUGGGCAACAAACAAGAAGUUUUCAAUAUGUCUCAGAUCUGGUAGAAGGUUUGAUGAGGUUGAUGGAAGGAGAGCAUGUGGGACCUUUCAAUCUGGGCAAUCCAGGCGAGUUUACCAUGAUUGAACUUGCUAAGGUGGUGCAAGAGACAAUAGACCCAAAUGCAAAAAUAGAAUUCAGGCCAAACACAGAGGAUGAUCCACACAAGAGGAAGCCAGACAUUACAAGGGCAAAGAAACUUCUGGGCUGGGAACCAAAUGUUCCUCUUCGCGAUGGUCUACCUUUAAUGGUUUCUGACUUUCAGAAACGUAUAUUUGGCGAUGAUCAGAAACAAGGUCAUGAUCAUAUUGUAACAACCUCUUCUUCAUCAUCAUCCAACUAAAAAGAUCAUAAUCUAUAUAUAUAUAUAUAUAUAGAAAUGAGAGGCUACAUAUUAAUUUCUACAGUCUGUAUGAACAAAUAUAUAGGAGGUGAUAAAAAGGUAAAAGUUUCGCAGGCCAGGUUGUUCGAUACAACACAAACUUACAGAUCUUGUUUUUCAUUUUGUAUAAUAGCCUUUUUGAUGUUGUAAUUCUUGCAAGCAAUAACGAUUUCCAAUUCUAUUGUGAGUUACUAUCCAAUGUAAUGUAGACAUUGUUUCAUAAAUCUUGUCUUUAUU